CUUUUGUGUGACCCUUGGCAACAUGCGAGCAGUGUACAACGGAGAGUUGGUGGAAGGGAUUCGACAAGGGAAGGGAGAGCUGGUCUUCGUAAACGGAGACAAGUACGAAGGCGAGUUUUCUCAAGGAUUCCGACAUGGCCACGGUGUAUUCACCUCUCAUCACGGUACACGAGUAUACGACGGAGAGUGGCGUAGAGGUGAACGGCAUGGCGUCGGCAGAGAGAGAUGGCUGACUAGUGGAGACCGAUACGAAGGCGAGUACCAACACGACAUCAUUCACGGCAGAGGAAUCUUCACCCGAGGCUCGAACGCAAGUAAAUACGAUGGCGAGCUCCAGAAUGGACGUCGCCAUGGACAUGGGCGCAUGGAGUUUGCAGCUAAAAACGUAAAUAAUUCCAGUGCGUUGAAGAAGAUCAUUGGUGCAAUGGCAGGUACAGGACUUGCCGUCUACGUGGGAUCGUGGAAAGAUGGUCGGAUGCAUGGAUCAGGCAAAUAUACGCGUGGAGAUGGAAGUUUCUAUGAUGGUUCGUGGCGGGAUGGACUAGCUCAUGGCUUCGGGAAAGAGCUGGUUAUGGCUACAGGCGAGAUAUACGAAGGCAUCUGGCAUACAGGACUUCGCCACGGAGAUGGCACUGUUACACGUAAUGGCAAUCGACGUAAAGGGCUUUGGCAAAUGGGACAACGCACCAAAUGGACAGUAGCAGAAGUCUCGGUGCAAAAAGCGUAA